CACCUGGCUCUUAAAGGGCCCGGCCCCUGACCGGCGGCUACUUAAGGCAGAGGGGCGGCGGCGGGCGGCAGCUGCGCUACGACUGCUCUAGGAGGAGCGGACCGGGCGAAAAUCCUGACCAUGACACCCCACAGGCUGCUGCCAUCGCUGCUGCUGCUAACUCUGCUGCUCGCUGCCCGCACAGGAGGCGCCUUGGCCCGCUGCCCAGGCUGCGGGCAGGGGGUGCAGGCGGGUUGUCCAGGGGCCUGCGUGGAGGAGGAGGAUGGGGGGCCGCCGGCGGAGGGCUGUGCGGAGGCUGGGGGCUGUUUCAGGAAGGAGGGGCAGCAGUGCGGGGUCUACACUCCUAACUGCGCCCCGGGACUGCAGUGCCAGCCGCCCGAGGAAGACGAGGCGCCUCUGCGGGCGCUGCUGCUGGGCCGGGGCCGCUGCCGCCGGGCGCGCGCGCCCUCGGGGGAGAAUCCUAAGGAGGGUAAACCCCAAGCAGGGACCACUCGCACACAGGAUGUGAACCGCAGAGACCAACAGAGAAAUCCGGGGACCUCUACCACUCCUGGCCGGCCCAAUCCUGGGGGUGUCCAAGACACGGAGAUGGGCCCGUGCCGCAGACAUCUGGACUCAGUGCUGCAGCAGCUCCAGACGGAGGUCUACCGAGGGUCUCACACCCUCUACGUGCCGAACUGUGACCAUCGGGGCUUCUACCGGAAGCGGCAGUGUCGCUCCUCCCAGGGGCAGCGCCGAGGACCCUGCUGGUGUGUGGAUCGGAUGGGCCAGCCCCUGCCCGGGUCCCCGGAUGGCGAUGGAGGCUCCCCCUGCCCUGCUGGGAGCAGUGGCUAAGGCUGGGUGGGGGGCUGCAGGGCCACCGGCAGAAGCCUGGGGCUGUCCUCUUGGGUCAUUUGCUGAGUGAUGAGUAACUCAAGGGCCCUGAGCCCCACAUUCCACCUUCAGGCCCUGACCCAUUGUCCCCCUCACCCCAGGACCUCGCACAUGGAAAGAUUGUUGGUGUUGGCUUGAGUCGUUAAUAAAGUUGUGUUGGGGGGACUCUG